AUGGAGGAGAACAGGUUGAGCAAGUCUCCUCUACCGGCCUAUCGCUCGGCCAGCAAGUUUGCAAGUAGACUGCCGAAGCUGAUCCACGCACCCGAGCAAACGGUCAACGGAUUGCGAGCAUACCGCCUCCCGCCUGUGAAUGCAUGCACGUAUGACAAAAUAGAAUUUGACAUGUGGGACCAGCUUCUCCGGCAUCAGCUCCAGAGGCACACAUUGGUGUCUCUCCGCAUUUCUGCGUGUGUGAGUGUGUGUGUGUGUGAUAGCAUUUUCAAUCGGCUCCGAAAAUGUGCUACCAUCCCGAGGGUUGGCUGUUGGAGGCAGGUGUUGCCGAACACUGAAGAUAACAAUGGAAAUGAAAGGGCCCCAGCGGACUCCGCCCCUGAGGUACCUUGUCUGUGUGUGCACGUGUGUGCGUUCGCGUGUGUGAGAGAGGGUGGGGGGAGUGGAUCAUUUUUCGGCCAGGCAGUUGGGCAAGGAGAGUGGCUGAAUGAGGAAGAAAAGAGAACGUGCCGUGGAAAGCGGGCUAAUUAUCUGCUUGCCUUUACAUUUUUACCAACUGGCCCAAACUCUCACCAGGACAGGUACCCUGGUGAUUAUAACUGAUGGGACGGCGAAGAUCACUGGGUCAUCCUCUUCUACGCGCAGGGUUAUUACAUGAAAAAUGGAGUCGGGUCAUCAAAGUAUUCACUGGGUCACUGGGAUAACUGUCAUUCACGCUGUGGGCAACAUAUGAUCGGCGAACACACACGCUCCUUUACUCAUAUGCACACAUAG